GCUAAUGACACCUGAGGAACACCCAGCAGCUUGCUGGCCACCUUCACAGUGCUGUUCAUGUUGUUUUUGUCCCUAAUGCUCAGGUUACCAAACCAGGCAAUUAGUGAGAAAGUGAGGACAGAUUUGAUGAAAUAUUUAUAAAACACUGACAUCAUUUCUUAUCUACAUUACAAGAAUUAAACUUUCUGAGAAUGUACAAUCUUUCUUUCUUUCUUUACAAUCAGGGCUAAAUGAUAGCAUCACAUUUCAAUUUCCGCUUUCCCUCACAACUUUAUUGCAAAAAAACACCAAAAACAUCGCAACAUGCAUCCCCAGUGUUUUAGGAAAGCUGCAGCGUAAUCAGGCAUCUCAGGUCACAACGAUCCCAAAGUAGCCUGUGAAAUCCUGGAGGGACUGUUUGAUAGUGAAACACUGUUUCUCUGUAAAUGUGUUGGCAUAUUUUUACUGAUACGAUCAGUAAAUGUUUAAGGAGGGACUGCAGGGGAAGGAAGCAGAUAUAUCACUCAGAUAUACAGAGGUACAGAGUGACGAUUAAAUUGGACUUGUGAUUAAACAAACCAUUUCAGAUCAUCAAACUAAUUGUUGGCAGUGAGUUUAUAAAGACCUGUGUGUGUUUGUGUGUCAGAGCUUCAGUUCACCAGUCAUGGACAGAACUCUGCUGUUGGUCUUGUUGUGUCUGCAGGUUUUCCUGCUCGUCACAGCCUCAACUCCCCCGACAAGUCCACCGUCUGCUGAGCUGGCAGAAGAUGGGAAAAUGAACAGGCAACAUGAUAACAAAGUCGGAGUCAACUGUAUUUUGAGAAGACAAUGUGGAAGUGUCCGCCCAAAGCCACUGCACGAAAGGAACAGAAAACAAGACCCUCGUUUUGGACCUGUUUCUGUUCCAAAGAGACUUCGAUCAGGACGACCAGGAUCCCGGUCUAAUAUUAUGAUGCACUGAUGCCAUGUUAAAAAGAGAUCACAUCUGUUGUUGACCAGAGGAAGAAAGAUGAAGACAUGAAGACCUGCACCUACUACAUUAUCUCCUGAAGCAGCACGCUCUGGUUAUUGUCAAAGGUUUCUUUCUGCUUAUCAUUGUCAUGAUCCUGGGUUUUCGUUUCUUUUCUGUGAUCCAAUGGCCUUUAUUUUGGAGUUUUCUGUUUGUGUUCCUUGUUUCAUGUUUAAUCUGUUUCCUGUUUAAUUUUGUAGAUUUUCUCCUCAUGUGUCGUGUCUGGUUUUACUUCCUGUCUUUGUGUGUUUUCUCGACUGUUUUCUGUCACACCUGCCUCGUUAGUCCUUCCCUGUUCCCAGAGUUCCCUGUUUUGUAUUAGUUUUGUUUGCUCCACCCUAGUGUUCCCCUCCACACCCUUGUUGUUAGCCAAUCCUCAUUUUUUCCCUUUUGCCCGUGUCCUCCUGCUCCAGCUGUGUCUUGUUCUUGUGAGUAGUUUUCUGUGAAUAUAUACCUGUAUGUUUCCCUAUCAAUAACAAAACAAGGAAGGACACAAACAGAAAACCCCAAAACGAAAUCCACAAGAUAACAUGAUAUUAACAAAAACCCAGGAUCAUGGCGGUCAUUUGUUGAAAAGUAACUUACUGCAUGAAAUUUGCAUUAUGAACCAUCAGUAAAUUGAUCAGUAUAUGCACUUUGCUAAAAUGCUAGUAGAUCCAAUAGUACAUGUUAAAGGAUCAGGUUAACCUGUAAUAUGAAAAAUUAUCACUGGUUAAAACUGAUGGACUUUGUCACUGGGCUGACCUCUUUUCACUUUCUACGUACCGUGCUUCACAGCAGUGUUUUUACACAAUGAAAUAAAAAAGCAGUUUGUAUUGUAAAUGAAAGGUCCAUGCAUCUUUCUAUCUGAGGUUGUGUCUUAAGAGUAUCUACUGUUUCUAAAUGUAGUGUUAAAUUAACAUGCUGUAUAUUACCAAAAGUGUUCUAUCAAGUUACUACAUAUUUAAAGCUGGGGCUAGAUAGCUUAGCAUGUUGCUACGAAUGUCACAACAGCAAUUAAAACAGAGAAAUCAAUUAAUUUCAGUAGAAUCACUGUGACUGGUGGAUUCACUCACAGGGGAGACAUAAAUACACAAUUUUUUUGCCUUAAGUUGAAAUUUAGUGAAUUCUGACAAGGAAAUUUCCACUGGUUAUCGAAAGCUGUUUUUACUGAACAUUUUGUGACCUUUAAAUGAACCAAAGUCCAACUUCUUUUAGCCUUUUAGUUGUGUAGUACGGAAGCGUAUUGCAUUCACUUGACAAAUAAAAAAAGCCCUGUUUUUCUGAGUAAUUUUUUCUGUUUUUCGAAGUAAUUUAUUUAUUUUUCUGUUUUUUGGUGUAAUUUUUUCUGAGUCAUUUUUCCCUGUUUUUCUGAGUAAUAUUUUCUGUUUUUUUCUGAGUCAUUUUUUCCCUGUUUUUCGGGGUAAUUUUUUUUCUGUUUUGUAAUUUUUUUCUGUUUUUCGUGGUAAUUAUUUUUCCUGAACGAGAAGACGAGAUACUUCAAAAUCUCGUGAGAAGCUCCCGUCUGGCACCUGCAAGUGACCCCUGCAAAACAGAAAAAAAUUACGCCAAAAAACAGAAAAAUAAAUAAAUUACUUGAAAAAACAGAAAAAAAUUACUCAGAAAAACAGGGCUUUUUUUAUUUGUCAAAUGAAAGCAAUACGCUUCCAUAGUGUAGCACCAUCACAUUUUACUUUAUUUUCCCAAUAAAAGGGGCAUAUGGUUAUUUUCACAUAAAAUGUGUGAACUUGUUUGUGAAACAUUUUGCUAACUGUACAGAAACAUUGCCUUUUCAAGAUAUAGUGUAGUCUACUAUACGCAGUGCUAUAUAUUUACUGAGCAUUCUUUAAAAAUGAUUCUGCCUUUUUUUUGGGUAUGUCAAUAAUGACCAUACAAAUGUAUUCACAUACAGGGCACUCAACACUUUCACAAUAGAGCCCGGUCUCACAAGUCGUUGAAAUCUGGUGCCUGGGCAGUGACUUUUGGUGUCAGAAAAUAACAAAAAAAAAGGUGUCCUUUAACGUGGACAUGAUACGUGGUUGGUUGUUGUUAUUGUUUAACGGCAAAGAUGAAAGUUAAGGCGAUUAAAGUCCAAGUGGGGCGCGUGGGAGGGGUGGUGGAUAGAUCCAACAAACACCGACUUUCACCUCAAAUGUGUGUUUCCUGUCAGCUGACGUUAUUCACAUACACUUAAACACUUUUCAACAGGAAAUACAAAAGGGCUCAUUUAGAACAUUCAUGUUGUCAUGUUUGAAACAGCCACUCUAGAGAGUGAAUGAGUGAAAAAUUGAGUAAUUUUGGACACAACUAUUGUUGAGUGACAUGGUUGUGACUGAGCAUGUUGCCAGCUGUGUGUUAGCUGUUAGCUUGAUGAGAGCGAGUCCCUGGAUCACCAAAUUUAUACUGUAGAGAUGCCUAUUUCACAAGACUCCUAUAUGAACUUCUCAGUGCCUCCUGAGAGGCCGGGGCCUCCAGCAUGUUGAUGAAACCCUAAAUAUAUAAAACACUGAGCUUUCUUUUAUGGUGUCUGACAUAUGUAAGAACAGGGUGUAAACCUACAACCUAACCAAGGACAUCUGCAGGAUAUCAUGUAGCAGAUGUGUUGAAAAUGUAUGUUUCUUUGUGUUUCAACAAGACUGUCAUUAAGGUCUGGUUAUGUUUAAGCACAAAAACACUUGGUUAUGGUUAGGAAAAGAUCAUUUUUUGGCAUGUUAAAAUACCCAGUUUUGAGGGUCUAAGCUAGAAAAGCAGCGAUGUCUACGUAAAAACCAACCGCUUUUUGUGCCGCUAUCCCUCUGACAGGUUGCUACAAAACAUCCCACAUUUGGAGCCUAGAAAGCAGAUGGAAACACAGCAAUGACUCUAGAAAUCACAACCUGUUUUUUUGGUCUUGAACAGCAGUCUGAGCUUGGCAGGGUUUGAUGUGUCACACCAUCCCCUCCACCUGGCUUUUAUAAAGGUACUCUGCCAACUUUUUUUUCUGACGACUGGAACCUGUAAUCAUAUUUAUGUUAUCUUCACUGAUGAUAAACAAAAUAAUAAUCUAAACCUGACGUUUCACCAGCUGGUCUGAAUUCAAACUAGUGACUAUGAUCACUUGACAUGUACAAGAAAAAUACACAUACUAAUGCAAACUACUUCAAAGCAAUGCAUCCCGUGACUGUUCUCUACAGUACGUACAUAUGUAUUUGAUUUUAUAAAUAAAUAUUUUGUGGCCAACUGGGAACCAAAGGAAUUUCAUCCUGAAGAGACACAUCCAGUGUUUAUGGUUUCUGUUACUGAGCCGAGCAGCUCAUAUACAAAGAAACCAGAACAAGAGAAGGAAGGAUUUCUUGGUUUUGCACAUUUUGUCCAAGUCUGCAUACCUGUGCUCUUAUUUCACUGCUAAACUAAACAUUUUCUAUGUCAUUAAAGAUUAAAGUGCAGGUUAGACUAUUGUUUUUGAAAUACAUCUUUCUAUAUAUCCCUCUUUUCUGUACUUUUACAGUUUGUGUGGAUCAAUGACUGAUUGUUUGUAUCGUUCCUCUGGUGUUGAAAUGCUGUUAACAUUUUUUGCUUUAGUCUCAGUGUAAACACGUUCUGUCAUGUUCAAACACCAGAAAUGGUUUCCUCAAUAAACAGCCCAGACAAAUAAUUAGGCUGUGGCUUGUUACUAUGCCACUUGACUUCUCUGCCUCUCUCUCUGAGUCAUCUUUCUCAGAAGUGCGUUUCCAGUGCGGAGCUACAAGACUCGGCUGGAUUUGAAGCUGGACUCAUUCGCGGCUCACUGGCAGUGACAAACGCUUUGUCUGAUCAUCAUGGAUGUCUCAGAGGAGGACUACUACUACUACCAUGAAAACAUCAGCUUCAACUUCAGCUACGACGACUACCCUGUCCUCUGUGAGAAGGGUGACGUCCGUUCCUUCGCAGCCCUCUUCCUCCCUAUCAUAUAUACUCUGUGUCUGGUGGUGGGACUGGCAGGAAACGGUUUAGUCGUGGCGGUCUAUGCUUACCACAAACGCCUCAAGACCAUGACGGACACCUUCCUGACUCACCUGGCUGUGGCUGACCUGCUCCUGCUCUUCACGCUACCCUUCUGGGCUGCUGAUGCGGCGAGGGGCUGGGAGCUGGGGGUGGUCGUCUGUAAGAUGGUGUCAGCUUGCUACACGGUCAACUUCACUUGCUGCAUGCUGCUGCUGGCCUGCAUCAGCCUGGACCGUUACCUGGCAUUAGCCAGGGUGCGAGGUGAAGGCCAAAGAGGGCGGCUGCAGAGGAUAUUCAGCAGGAGACACUGCUGGAAGGUGUGUUUAGUUGUUUGGGUGACAGCUUUCAUCCUUGGUCUCCCUGAUUUGAUACUCUCAGAGGUGAGAUGGACAUCUAAUAGGAACGUCUGUCUGGCUGUCUACCCUCCAUCGAUGGCUGGAGGAGGUAAAGCUGCUCUGGAGAUAGCAGAGGUGCUGCUGGGGUUCCUCCUUCCUCUCCUGGUGAUGGUGAUUUGCUACUGUAGCGUGGGCCAGGCACUAAAGGCCCUCCCUGUGGAGAGCAGAGGCAAGAAGUGGAAAGCUCUACGUGUCCUUCUAAUAGUAGUGGGUAUGUUUGUGGUCACUCAGCUGCCUUAUAACGUGUUGAAGGUCUACCGAGCGAUGGACUCAGUCUAUGCCUUAGUGACCCACUGUGGGACGAGCAAAGUAUUGGAUCAUGCCACUCAGGUGACAGAGAGCUUGGCCCUCACUCACUGCUGCCUCAACCCCAUCCUUUACGCCUUCAUGGGCUCGUCCUUCAGGCAGCACAUGAUGAAAGUGGCCAAGAAGUUUGGCGAGGAGAGAAGGAAGAGGAGGAAGAGGAGAGAAAAUCCUGCAGAGGAGGAAGAGAUGGAAAUGUCAUUUAACUCCCACAGUGCAUCACAAGAGACAAACACAUUCUCAAUAUGAGUGAGCACAGGAGUGUCAUGCUAAAAGACAUCUAUAUGAAUCAUUUCAUUCUCUCCACAUUAAAAACAGGAGGUUGUCAGUUGUAUUUUCCUCCUCUAGUUUGUUAAAAUGUCUUUUAGCAAAGUAUUUGGUUUACUUAUUAAGACCAAAGAAUAGUAUAUUGUUUUUGGUGUUUUUUAUGAAUGAAAAAGGGACUUGGUUUUAUGUUUGGAGUGAUGUUUUGUCAGAUUCUAUACCCUGGUCCAAUGGAAACCUGGUCUCACUCCAACUCAUCAAAUACUGAGGCUUGGUCAGUGGCCCUUGGCGUCAGAUAGUGAUGCACCAAGGCACCCUUAGCAGUUGUAUGAGACACACUGGACGGUGGCAUCAUAGUAGUAUAAAAAUGCAAGAAAGUCCACAUAGGUGGCCAGGUAAAACAAAUUCUGGACUUUCACCCAGAACUUCGGUGUUUGUCUCCUGCGUGACACCAUAAAUUAGGCCAGUCCAACUUUAUUGCAAACUUUACCAUUGACAACAAGUAGAAUAUCAUUUCACUGUAGAGCUGUGAGCAGGGUUUAAAUUCGCUCACCCUCUCUCUCUCUCUCUGUUUAUGACGAGACUACUGCUGUGGGACACAAGCUGACAGUCACACACACACAGUGACAGGGCUAACUGUUAGCAUCACACAGCUAACGCUACCCAGUGGUUAUGUGAUGUCAUUAUGGUUAACAACAAAGUCAAGCUGUUUAGGUGUCAGUGUGAGAUUAACAGCUUGUGUUGGAUGUCAACUACUGCUGUGAGGCUUCUGCCCAAGUGGCAAAACACGAAGAGUAAGGAUGAGAUCACAUUGUGCGCAACGUGGUCCUACAUCGCUGCGUUGAAUGACAUCAACAGCUAAUCAUUGGCUAUUAGCUGAUGAUGCCUCCUCCCCACCCCUGUAAUACCAAAAAUACAAUCUAAGUCUGUCGAAUUCUACAACAGCAUCACAACUAUGUUUGCAAUUUUUACUUGCUCCCACAAUGUCAUUCCAAAAAACCCCACCUAGAAACACUGCAACAUGCAUUGCAAUUUCUUAGAAAAGCUGCUGUGAAAUCAGCAUUUCAGGCCGUAACAAUCACAAAGACUGCCUGUGAAAUCCUGAAGGGACUGCAUUUGCAUUACAUUCAGUGUUGGGCAGUGAUUAUUUACAUGUAAUUAUAUUACAAAAUAAAUAUAUUUGUGAUUAGUUACAGUUAUUGAGACAAAAUAUGUGAGUAAAUUACAGUUACCAAUUAAAAUGUUGAUGAUUACAACAGUGUUGUAUCCAAAUACAUUUGCUAUAACAAGCUUAUAUGUAAAAAUAACAGUCAUUCUGUUGCUUUGCACAUUUUCACCAUGCAGGAAUGUCUUUUUCUUUGCACAGUCAGUAUCCAGACAUUUAUCAGUUUUAUUGCCAAGGUUAAAAUAACUGUUUCAAAAGUAAUCAAUAAGUAAUCAAAUGUAAUAAAUCACAUUACUUUAAUACAGAAAUAUAGUUACAUUUCUUAUGACAUUCCUAACAGGGUAACAAGUAAUCUGUACCCUAUGAGAUUUCAAGAGCAACCUUCCCAACAUGGAUUAUGUAAGUAAAAAACAUACUUAUUUUAUGCCAAUAUGUGCUAUUGUUCCCUAAACCUCAGUACCUAAGUAAACCUAAUAACAAAGUUUUUUACCUACGUUCUGCACGUAACAAGCUCAAACUGCUGUGAAAACCCAAGUUUAUUCUGAAAGGACACGAUGCAUGUUACAAGUUUAAAUUGACACGUUGUCCCUCAACCUUCAAAACUGACGCGAGAGGGGCACCUGAAGCGUCACAUUUUGACAUUUAGGGCCACUGACCAAGUGGCAGUAUUUGAUGAGUUGGGAGUGAGAAUGUGUUGUGAAAACAAUAUUUUAUUUCAACAGUAUUUAUUAUAGUUCGCAUGACAAUGAACUCUUUAAACUCUGAUGUACACUUGUUCCACAAGUUUAACAGAAUCAUAAUCUACAGUAUGAGGUGACAGACAUUCCUCCAGUAUUUCACAUGGGACAUUUAACACUUUUCAAGCUGCCCACAAAGCAUAAAUAAGAUAAAUACUUUUCAUUACACUAUACAGCAACAGAUGAAACAGAAGAAGUGAAGACAAAAAGAAUAAUGAGGUCAAUUUUAUAAACUAAAUGGGCUGGAACUUUUUCUAAAACUUUGUAAUUGCAACUUGUUUGAAAUAAUGUUUGUUUAUUUUUUGCAAUCACCUUAAAAAAAUAUUCCUGAUUAAGCUGAUGUUACACAUCUGCACAGCCUGUAAACUAGAUGCACUACACAUGCCUGCACCUCUGAUAUGAAGCAAAAAAGCAUGAUUUUCUAUCUCUAAUAUUGCUCCACUUGACCUGUGUACCUUUUAAUCAUGUGUUUUAUUUCUCACCUUGCGUUGACUUCAAAUUCCUGAAUAUUAAAAGAUACCACAUUUCACUUUGUUUACUCU